AGUACCUCAUUGCCCAGGCGCACGUUCGAAGUGGUCGACGCUCUUACUGAAAGUUCGUUGCGGCUGGAGCUAGUGGGGAUUACAACAUGAAGUUCAACAUUGCGAAUCCCACGACUGGAUGCCAGAAGAAGCUGGAGAUCGAUGACGAUCAGAAGCUGCGAGCUUUUUGGGACAAGCGUAUCUCACAGGAGGUCAGCGGUGAUGCUUUGGGCGAGGAAUUCAAAGGCUAUGUCUUCAAGAUCACUGGUGGUUGUGACAAACAAGGUUUUCCAAUGAAACAGGGAGUGCUGACCCCUGGUCGUGUUCGGCUCUUGCUCCACAGAGGAACUCCUUGCUUCCGAGGAUAUGGAAGGCGCAAUGGUGAACGCAGGAGAAAGUCUGUGCGUGGGUGCAUUGUGAGCCCGGACCUCUCUGUUCUGAACUUGGUUAUUGUGAAGAAGGGUGAAAAUGAUUUGCCUGGACUUACUGACAUUGAGAAGCCAAGGAUGAGAGGUCCAAAGAGAGCAUCCAAAAUCCGCAAGCUGUUUAACCUCUCCAAGGAGGAUGAUGUGAGGAAGUAUGUCAACACCUAUCGCCGUACCUUCACAACAAAAUCUGGCAAAAAGGUGAGCAAGGCCCCUAAGAUUCAAAGACUGGUCACACCUUUGACCCUCCAAAGGAAGCGUGCAAGGAUUGCAGAUAAGAAGAAGAGAAUUGCCAAGGCGAAAGCAGAAGCAGCCGAGUAUCAGAAACUUCUUGCCUCGAGGUUGAAGGAGCAGAGGGAGCGCCGAAGUGAGAGUUUGGCCAAGAGGAGAUCCAGGCUUUCUAGUGCCAAGCAAUCCGUCGCAGCAUAGGUCUCUUCCUGAGAUAUGGUGAAGAUUUAACUGUUACCUUAGUUUUUGGCAGCGUUUUUCCAUGAUGAUGGUAUUUUUAUGAUUAUGAUAUAUUCGUAUGGUUUUGCCAGUCAAAUACAAUGUUUUAGUUGAACGCGUUAAAUGUAUUUUUAAUUUGAUGUUUGACAUUUUACUUGAGUUCAAAUGAAUUUUGUGACCA